UUUUCCCUUGUUAAGGACUUAGUGGCCAGAGAGUGGGCGAAGGCGGUAGCGUGAUCGGGGAGUGUGCAAGGAUCAGGUGCGCGAUCCAAGCUGCUGCUGCCUCAAGUUCGUUUGUGUGUUGUGACACGCAUCCGGAAGAAAUGGGUGAAGAGAUAUCUGCCAGCCAGCGGAUACGUCACCAGCAGUCGGUGAGAUUCGCCACGUUGGAAAUUGCUGCUGAGGUGCCCACAUCCCAUCCACCACCACCCACUCAGCAGCUCCUCUACUCUCCUCGUUGCGUGCCCAUCAAAUCGGCGUUGAAACAUUCCUCCUCGUCGUCGUCUGCUGCUUCCGGAUCGACCGAUUCCGGAUUCGCCGGCUCCGCCUUUGCCGACAACGAAGGCGAGGGCGAGAACGACAUGGUCGUGUUGGCCGCUGACCGUCAGGCGGCCAUCCAGCGUCAAAAGGAGGAAGCCAAGAAACGUCGAAGGAAGAAGAAACGGACUGGAUCCAGUCUCUUCGCCUCUACUUUUAAUGAGCUCUACAGACUUACGGGCGAGUUUUUGGGGCAAGGCGCUUACGCUUCGGUUCAAACCUGCGUCAACAUAUGGACCGAUGUCGAAUAUGCUGUCAAGAUAAUCGAAAAAGUGCCGGGCCAUAGCCGCGAUCGCGUCUUUAAAGAAGUGGAGACUUUCCACCACUGCCAGGGACAUCCCAACAUAAUCCAGCUGAUUGAAUUUUUCGAAGAGGAGGACCGUUUCUAUUUGGUUUUCGAGAAGAUUCUGGGCGGCCCGUUGCUGUCGCACAUUCAACGGCGCGUUCACUUUACCGAGCACGAAGCCAGUCUGGUGCUGCGUGACCUGGCCGCCGGCCUGCAGUUCCUCCACAAGAAGGGGAUCGCCCACCGAGACCUCAAGCCAGAAAACAUCCUUUGCGUCUAUCCCGACCGUCUGACGCCGGUCAAGAUCUGUGAUUUCGAUCUCGGUUCGGGCAUCAAGUUCAACUCGAACCUCAACUCGCCCAUCUCUACGCCGGAACUGCUCACACCAGUGGGCAGCGCCGAAUUUAUGGCUCCAGAAGUCGUCGAUGCUUUUGUCGGCCAGAUGAUCAACGGAUAUGACAAGCGAUGCGAUCUCUGGUCGCUCGGCAUUGUCAUGUACAUUUUGCUCUGCGGCUACCCGCCAUUCUACGGCCAUUGCGGAGCCGAUUGCGGAUGGGAGCGCGGAGAGGCUUGCCAAUCGUGCCAGGGCCUUUUGUUCACCAGCAUCCAGGAGGGACGUUACGAAUUUCCCGAUCGUGAAUGGGCUCACAUCUCGCAAGAGGCCAAGGAUCUCAUUCGCGGUCUGUUGGUCAAGGAGGCACCACGUCGUCUCUCUGCUCAAUCCGUACUGGAACAUCCCUGGGUCAAGAACGGCGGACCCCGCACUCCCCUCAUCACCCCUCAAGUCAUUCGCAGGAAUAAUAGUGCUCGAGAGCUGUCGGUGUUUGCCGAAAGUGCCAUGGCCGUCAAGCGAGUGGUGAUGCAACAUUUCAGCAUGAAUUUAGCUUUGGAAGCCCGUCUGAGGAGCCUGGAUGAAGAUUCCGGAUUGGGUCACGAACCCGAAGUAAUCGAGAUGGAUGUCGACAGUCAAUCGGUGGAGGAUGACACCAUUCAAUUUGGUCAUUUGUCGUUGGAUGCCGAUGAGGAGAACAGUGUCGUCGUUCCUGUCAAAUCGUCGAUGAGCAGCGCUUCGAUGGAUGCACGCGGCGGUGGUGAAUCGCGCAAGAAGGUGACGUUCGGUCUGGCUCCGCCAACCGGAUCGCGACUGGCUCAGAGACGUUUGAAGUCGUGUCUUAGUCUCGACGCUCUGACUCCCAACGGCAAUUGAGACAGACUCUUUUUGACUUGUCGACGAGCGUCUAUUUACAACAACAACCAUGAUUAUUUGCGGAAUGACUUUCUCUCUCCUAACCCAAUGUUUCAGUUAUGAUUUUUUUUCUCGUCUAAUUGCUGCUUCCAUCACCUCUACAAAACCAACAAAAAAAAAUAACUACUUUUGUAAAUAUUUUGUAAAUAUGAAAAAAAAAAACUUUGAGUGAG